GAUUGGACGAAAGCACUGCACUAAGGAAGUCCGGACCCUUUGCAUCUGUCCAAGCAUACCCCGCGGCCUUCACGAUGACAGCUUUCCCCGAAAUAAGGUCAUCCAUCGCAUCUUGAGUAACACUUAUUAGUGAGACACGAGAAGAACUCGUAGGCAAACAAUGUGGACACAUUACUCGUCGGUUCGGUUUUGUUAAAAAAAAAAAGAAGACAUGGAAAAGUCAACGAUGCAAUAAAGGACGACACACACAAGCUGUGGGUCCAUUAUCCUCUUCAAUUUAAUGUGUAGUCCAUAUCUUGUAGAUGACAGGAAAAUGAAGACUGAAGGGAACAUGAUCUUGAUUUUUUUGAUUGGCACAAUAUGUACUGACAUGGUAUUUACUCAUGAACCAGGAAGAGGCCACCAUGGCCGUCAACGUCCCCAGGGAGGGGGAGAAGAAGAAAUACCCAGGUGUCUUCUGGAAGAUGCAUCAUCCAUUCUAAGUGCCCGAUUAAACGCAAAAGCCAAUGUUUCCAGAAAAAGCAACUUCGCUACGUUUUUUGCACGCUGCAAAAGGGACGGAAGUUUCAAGUGUUAUCAGGAGUGGCCAGCAGUUGGUUUAUCGUGGCAAUCAGAUCAUCAAGGCCGCGUAAUGGAGAACACCUUGACAAGGGGAAAGAUUAAUUGUUCGCGCGAACAAGAUUUCAGGUUAGCCUUGGUGUGCACUCAUGGCUCUAGAAUGUUGCGAUGCAGGCGAGGAACCAUUCUUUACUUUAUGGACAUCAAAGCAAAUCACGUCCAAGCCCCCAACCAUAAGUGCAGUCGUCAUAGAGAAAACCAUGGCAACAACACAGUGGCACGUAAUCGUCUUUGUAACGUGACGAAGAUGAUCGAAGAAUUACGCAGCCGUUGCCAAGGGAGAAAGGAUUGCUGGAUAAAACUAAGUGGAAGCCUCAUUGGGAAAGCUUGCACAAGAGAGGUGGCAUUCUUACGGGUGAAAUACACUUGUGAACAAGCUCACCCAACAUGUAUACGAACCAGUGCAAUAUCUUAUUUUCUCUACAUUUGGUAUAAAGGAGUAAAUGAUUCGGUUGAAAAUCCUGAGAGACCAGACCAUCCAACGUAUUCGGAUCACCUUGACAAGCUUUGCCCUGAGACUUAUGACGAAGAAACAGAUGAUGUCAGUGGUGAUGAUGAUAGUAACGCAUAUGAUGACUACGUUAAUGAUGUUGAUGAUGGCUUGAGUGAUAACGAUGACGAUGAGAACUACCCCACUGGAUAUGACGAAGACGUUCAUGAUAUUCUUGACGAUGAGAUGGCUCAGAUCAACGGUUUCCUGUUCAAGCUGUUUGAGCACAAGAGCGGAAAAGAUCACCGCCCGCGGUAUAACUGGAUCAAACAACCUGACUUGUACAACGAAUUCAAAUUUAAUUUUUCUUCAGUUUGCCCGCAGAAUCAACCACUGCUGUCGAAUUGCAACCAGAGACUGUGCGAGGAUGUGAGGUGUGACAAUCGGAGGAAUGUAAGGUGCAGGGUAAACCCAUGUGGUACUUGCAGACCCGAGUGUUACGACGUGGAAGGAAACAAAGUGCAGACUCCUCGAGCCUUAACAAAGUGCGAGUAUCAGCGUAAAGAGAUGCGCCACCAAAGUUUUCGUGGCCACGUUCCGAGAUGCAAAGAAGACGGAAGCUUUGCUGAAAUUCAGUGCUAUCACGAGGUCAAGAUAUGUUGGUGUGUUGAUAAAGAAGGAAGAGAGAGGAAUGGUACGAGACAGAAAGGAGCCCCCUCAAACUGUAGCGCAGGGGGCCAAGUCUUGUCACCUUGUCAAACAGCCCAGCUCAGCAACAGAGACCUCAAAAAACAUCUCCGUGUGAUGUCUAAGAGGUACGAAAGGACCGCAAAGACUUUAAGACUUAGAGCACAAAAUGCGACCCAAAGGAGGCAGCAAAGGAAUGAAAGCUGGCAAAAUAUUAGGCAGUGGUCGCAACGGGCAAGAACCUGCCGCAAACUUGCGCGGAUAACUCGCCAGCACGCGGUGAAUACAACUGUUCCGAAUUGUGCUGCAGACGGAAGUUAUGACAGCAAACAGUGUGCAUGGUCUAAAAAAUUCUGUUGGUGCGUUGACGAAAAUGGGGGGCCAAGGGGAAAAAAGCAAUUAAAGCGAUAUGAAAAACUCAACUGUUCCAGGACUGCAGCUGACAAACCAGGUAUGUGCCCUGUUAUGCCAACGUCCGCCGCCUACAGGUGUAAAUCCCAAUGUGCGACUGACGCGGACUGUGAAGGGGAACACAAAUGCUGCAUGAUGGGAUGUGGGAGGAGGUGUGUUCCUCCGAACGAACCAGUGUGCCCUAAGGACAAGCCUUUCAAACUGUGCAUCUAUGACAAAUGCCUCUCAUCCCCAGGCUGUUUCAAUCAUCCCACAGCUUAUUGUCGAAUGAAUUAUUGUGGAGGAUGCGUCGCUGAAUAUUUUGAUAAACAAAAUCGAAAAGUAGACUGCAGUAAUGGAACUCAGUGCCAAAUUCAGCGACAUUCGGCCUCAGAAGUGUACAAGAAGAAGUUUUUCGGAGUCUUUGGUACUCUGCCAGUGGUCAUUCCAGGAUCUCAAGUUGAAGACUACGGUCCAGGUAGCGUAGGAGGACAGGAUGAAAAUGGUGGUAGCCAAACAGGCAUUAAUGUUGGCAACCCAGGUAUACAGAAUGGAUUUCGAAAUGGCGCCUUGGGAUCAAGUGGAUCACGUGGUUCACGUGGUCCAUGUGGAUUCAGUGGUUCAAGUGGAUCUAGUGGAAGUAGAAGAUUCAGAACCCGAAGAAGAGGGAAAGGAUCCAUCAAUGGAUUUCGCAAAGGAGAUCAAUCUGGACAGGAAAGACGUACAAGCAAUAACAACGAAAACAAUGGAAGGGAGGAAGACCUUGGUGUGUUCAUCCCUGUGUGUGAUUCAAAGGAUGGAGCGUUCAUAACAGAACAGUGUAACACCACGGCUGGUGUAUGUUGGUGUGUGGACGGAAAUGGUCGAGAAAUACUUAACACGCGCGAAAAGGUGGAAAGAGGAAAGAGAAACUGUACAGCAGCUGUUAUCAAGUUCAAAAGCGAUGAAAAGAAAGGUGUCAAACGUGGAGAAGGAAAGAAGGGGCAGAAUGAAUUGAGGGUGGCAAGAGUGACUUUAAGGCUGGCGGGAGACUAUGAUGAAGUCGCUGCGAACAAAGAACGUUUUAUCAGGUACGUAGAGGACGAAAUUGUCAAGAAGUGUAAUAAUAGGAUCAGGAAGAAGCAAAUUCGGAAUAUCAAGCUCGAAAGGGGAGGCAUCAAAGUGACAUUCGAGAUCGUCGAAGAUAGUGAGUCUACGGCUACGCUGGAUGAAAUCUUGGCAACGUUGGAAAGUCAUAUUAGAUCCAAGAAUUUUGUGGUCAAGAUGCAAGACAAAGAAUACCCUUCGGAUGGAGCCUUUCAGGUUUUGUUGCAUGUUCAGCGUGAUGACGACCGAAAAGAGUCUGAACCCAAACGUUUGCUGGCGAUGAUAGACGCAGCUACUAUCGGGGCCUUUAGUGGGAUUAUCCUUUUUGGAGCAGUGUUGUUCGUUUUGAAGCUCUGUCUCCGAAGGAAGAAAAAAGACCCUGAGAACUGGCAAGACAAGGUUGAGGAGAAGCCUCCGGUGGAACAGUACGUCAUGCCGGGGCCCGAGGCAGUGACGAAUCUGCCUCCUAAGACUGGGCCUGAGCUGGAGACAGGGCUAUCAUCAAAGCCUGACACUCAGGAUCAUGUUUGAACUAAGAUGUCGAAUUUUUCCUUUUGUAGCUUGCAACAGUAAAAUGCAAUGACUUUACUUGGUAAACAAUUGAAGGCUUCGCAUUAAUGAGAAAGUUAAAGUUAGAAUAGUGUAGAAAAUUUCUAGCCAUCUCGCCUGUGAGAGAGUUAAGGGAAGGAGAAGGGCCCUUCAGUAUUGAGCUCCCUUCUGAAGGAAGAGUGGAGAGCGAGUUUUUUAAGCCGUUGUAGUUUUACCAUUUACGCAUGUAACCAUUUGUUGAUCACUCUGCUGAUUAAUAAUAAACC